GACUGACACAACACAAAACUAGCACGUUCGGUCACACCUUCCUCACCAGCCGCUCCAGCAGCUUUCUAUGCACAUUGUAUGAAGUCAACGUCAGUCAACCGCAUUUGCUGUCAACGAUUUCUGCACUUUAGAUUGUAGAAGAUUUUAUAUACAUUUGCAGGACUAGGCAACAGAGUCAUCGGACCAACUGGUGUGUGUUUGCUUGUCCAGCAGUGUAUGGCAAUGCGGCGGGUCACGGUGCCAUUGGUCGCCGGGCUGGUCGCGGCAGUGGUGUCGCUGCUGGCUGAACAGUGUUGGGCCAACGGUGGGGGCCCUAGUCUAGCUGAACGAGUUAUUUGGGCAGUAAAUGCUGGCGGGGAAGCGCACACGGACAUGCAUGGUAUUCAUUACAAGAAAGAUCCUUUGGAAGGAAAGGUUGGGAAAGCUUCAGAUUAUGGGUUACGAUUGCCCAUACUACGCUCUAGUCCAGAGGACCAGGUUCUCUAUCAGACAGAGCGCUACAAUGAGGAUACAUUUGGAUAUGAGGUGCCAAUACGAGAGGAAGGGGACUAUAUACUUGUCAUGAAGUAUUCAGAGGUGUACUUUGCCCAGUCUCAACAGAAGGUAUUUGAUGUUCGUCUCAAUGGCCAUACGGUGGUGAAAGACCUGGAUAUUUUUGAGAGGGUGGGUCACAGUACAGCUCAUGACGAGAUAGUCUCCUUCUCCAUACACCGUGGAAAGUUGAGUGUUAAGGGGGGAGUGUCCACCUUCAAUGGCAAGCUCAAUGUGGAGUUUGUCAAGGGUUAUUAUGACAACCCCAAGGUCUGUGCUCUCUACGUGAUGAAGGGGACAUCGGAGGAUGUACCAAAACUGCAACCUCACCCUGGGCUGGAAAAACGUGAAGAGGAGGAAGACGAGGAGGAAGAACCCGAGGGAGGAGAGGAGGGCGGUAAGAAGACUGCCUCAGCAGCUCCUAAGUACAGGGUCCAGUCAGGACCCCGAACACCAAACCCAUAUGCUGCUGAUAAUAGCAGCCUCAUGUUCCCUAUCCUGGUGGCGUUUGGGGUGUUUAUACCCACACUCUUCUGCCUUUGUCGACUGUGAGAACAUGAGAUGGAGGGGACAACAGGGGAGCCUGAUGGACAUGAGACUGUGAAGAUUGGGGUA